GAGGAGGCAGCAUGGGAAAACGUGUUCUGCAGUGUGUGUGGGGGGCCUCCGUGGAGGAACUUCCGCAGCAAUUUCAAUGAAUGGACAAGGAGUAUCACGGCUUUCACGAACGCAGUGUGCGAGCGGUUGGGAAUGCCGCUCAUUUCCGCUUCAGCGGCAGUGGCGGAGCACGCGCAGGAGCCAGGAAACGGAGAGCCUCCUCGCAAGAGAUCUCGGCAACGCGACAUCCUCGAGCGCCCAGCCCACCACAACGCCUGCGGCGACUGCGAGGAGCUGGACUGGAGCGGACUGCGAGGGUCAGGGGCGACGCUGCUUGUUCGCCGCUGGCUGCCAGCUUGUGCAGAGAAUUUCAAUGGGUACUGUGCCGUUGGCGCGCGACCCGUCGGCCGAACCGAUCUUCAGUUGCACUUGUUGUCCAUAUUGGAACGCGAUUGGGCGCCCCCUCAUCAGCACCGAGAUUUGGGGGUGGCACAUGUGGCUUGUCAACUACACGAUGGACUUUGA